CGGGUUUCUUUGUUCCCUUUAACAGGAAGCCUCUGUCGAGAGGCUACGCUCCUCCCCGAAGUUUUGACGAGGCGUGAACAAAGAAAGAUGCUGCCAAAUUCAAGGCUCCUGGCGCCCCGGCUCCAUCAUCUUCGCAACUUCUUGACACCAGCACCGAGGCGCAAUGUCCAGUCGAGCAGAAGGCAAGGAGCACGUCCAGUACACGAUUUCCCCGGAGCCGGUGCAACCACCUGCACUGGUGGGCAAAAGGAUCAGCGAAAUCGACGUUACAGAAGGACUCCGAAUGUUCGUGAUAGACGAUGACGACGAACUCAAUCCGACGCCUCGGCCCGGUAGCCCAGCAAUCGUCAUCACACACCCAGCUGAACCGAUGACAAUCCGUCAGCGACCACGGCAACUAAGCAGCGAACCAACUGCAACACCGAGACCGAAACUAAUGAGAAAUGCCGCUACAGCACCCGCGGGAGCGCUGGCUUUAUACCCGAGCAUCAAGCCACAGCCCCCAAGACGAGCCAUCAGCGCAAGAACAGCUCGUCCGGGAGGUGGGAAUGGAAGCCGGCAUAGAAGAAGCCCCUUGAUCGUCCCACCGCUGCCACGGCUAUCGCAGUUUGGUACUGCCGCGUCGAGAUCGCUUAUCAGUCGGAGGAAAACGACUAGGAAGUCGGUUGGAAAACUAGGACUGAAGCCGAAGAACCAUGUCUGGAGAAUGUCACCACAGUCAAAUACAAAGAGAUUCCAGCUGUUGUCAGAGGUCCUACAUGAGCGGAGAAAAUCGCUAUCAGAGAAGGCAAGGGUAAAGGAGACACUCAAGCAUAAGAAGAUGGAGAUGUUGAAGACGACGAUCGUGGACUUCAAGUCGAGAGACCUACCAGGAACACCUUCCUCGAUGAUGGCAACACCCCGAGAGAUGUACGGUGAGCCGGAGACGCCCACGCCCACAGGACCAACUCCAAUGGAAGAAAUUUAUUCGGGCAGCAGGAGGUCUUUGCUGCCUGAGUCUCCAACAAGACCGAAGCACUUCUCGAUGCCCUUAACGCCGAACAUCGAGCGUCGAGGCACAUUCAAGCACAGCAACUCCAUCCCGCACAUGCGCGGAAGGAGGAAGACAGUGUACGUGCCCGGUCCGAUUCGGCUUGAAGAGAAGAUGGUUGUUACUCCGCGGAGAGGAUCCAUCGCGACCAUGGAGCCGUUCGAUGCCGGCAAGGAGCCCAAAGCGAAGAGAUUCUCGGACAUGGUGGCGUUGGACGGAAUCGUAAUGUUCUUCCAGAGCCUGGGCGUGGUGGAAGAGACAAGCGAAGCAUGCCUGGACAGAUUCUGGGUGCCUGACAUGAGAGCCAAUCGUCCGGCUGCGAGUCCGCGAAAGGGAGUCCCUCCCGUUCCCGCGCGGCCGCUCAUCCCUUCCUUUCCGUCGUCCAGUAGCGCCCUGUUCUCGUCUUCGAAGAAAGCGCGCCAGGACGAGAAACAGAUACCUCCUUCGCCUGGAACGCCCGGGCGUCAGAAAGUCAGGCUCCGACAGUUGUUGAAGUCCAGUCGCUCCAUCUUGUGAGGUGGAGAGGUGCGAUCCCGCAGGGCACUCCCCGGUUUACACGAUUGUUCGCAUCCUGGAAAAUCGUUUUC